CGCUAUUCCCUCUCCAUUCAAGGUGCGGCAGCCAAGCAGGUGCGCGAGGAAUCGUCGAGAAAUCAUAUAGCUGUUGUUUGCUAACUUUAUUUUUUUAAAGCUAAGGAAAACGUGCCUAGAUAGCAAAAGAGGAGCCAGUUUUUUUCUCUCAAGGAAGCAGACUUGUUUUUUUUAAAGAAGAGAGAAGUCUGUGUCUUGAGGAGUACCUGAACAGGUGAACAGCGUCCUUUGUGUUUUCAAAGUCAAGUCGGAGAAGAAGUAGAAAUGGCUAACUCGGGUCUUCAGAUUCUGGGAUUCGCCCUGGCUCUUCUGGGCAUGAUUGGACUAGUAGUUGGUACAAUUAUGCCCCAGUGGAAGAUGUCUGCCUACGUCGGGGACAACAUCAUCACUGCGAUCUCCAUGUACGAAGGACUGUGGAUGUCCUGUGCGUUCCAGAGCACAGGUCAAAUGCAGUGUAAAGUGUACGACUCCAUCCUGCAGCUCAACAGUGCCCUUCAGGCAACCCGCGCCCUCAUGAUUGUGAGCAUUAUUGUAACGCUGGCUGGUCUGGGUGUUGCUUGCAUGGGAAUGAAGUGUACCAACUGUGGCGGAGAUGACAAAGUGCGCAAGUCCCGCACUGCAAUGGGUGGUGGAAUUAUUAUCUUGAUUGGAGGUAAAGAGCGAUCCGACUUGGUUGUCUUUAAUUUUUUUUUUUUUAAAAAGGUUAACAGUUUGAAUAAUGUUGUUUAUUCUGCCACAGCUUUGUGUGCCAUUGUUGCCUGCUCUUGGUAUGCGAAUGACAUCAUCCGGGCCUUCUACAAUCCCUUCACCCCUGUCAACACUAAGUAUGAGUUCGGUUCUGCCAUCUUCAUUGCCUGGGCCGGUGCGUUCCUGACCGUUGUGGGAGGUGGCAUUCUGGCAGCAAGCUGUCCAAAAAGCAAAGGGCGUCAAAGUGGACCAAAGUAUCCCAUCUCCAACCCCAGAUCCACUGGUAGCAACAAGGAUUACGUAUGAACAGGAACGUUCCUGGUUUGAGGCUGAAGGAACACUUUAACAUUUACAUUUGUCCAACUCAGAGAUUGAAGCAUUGCAAAGAUGUAUCGCAGGAGGUGGAGACCUCACUUUUUAUUUUGUAUUUUAGUUUCACCAGUACUAACCUGUGAUGUUACUCUAUUUUAUUAAAUCCAGUAAAAUAUUUUAAAUGAUGGCUGUUUACUCCUGAGACCAAGAUUAUUGGCUUUGUUUUGUCUGGAUCUGUACCUACUGCUUGCGUGCUUAUAUAAUGUACACCACACCACCACCCACGUACUAUGUCAGUCCUCCCUCAUUCUGCCAAAAUGCGGUACUGUGACACUGGCAGUAGACCCUUUAGAUCAGUUAUGGGUUUGGUUCAGUGAACCUCUGCAAUGUGCUUUGGUGUCUGAAGAGCUUUGGGGCGCGCCAGUUGUAAGCAAAUCCUUUUUUUUUUUUUUUUUUUUUUUUUUUUUUUUUCUUUCCCCCUCCAAACUAAAUUCUUCUCAUUGGCAUGUGGCAGCUGUGUUAUCUUGCUGCUGCCAUCAGAGAGUGCCAUAACACAUGAGAGAGCAUAGUGGGUCAAGUUGCCAACAAUGUCAACAAUUGGACAACAAACCCCCCGCCCCCCCACUCCUGUUUUUCAAAAAAAAAAAAACAUUUGUAAGGACUGAAUGCAUAAUAUUUAGUCUGCCAUCCAAGAUGAGAAGCUCUGUGCUACCAAUAUUACACAUUUUGUUUCCCCUGUGUAAACACGCAACAAAUCAUACAACCACAAACUAUUAUAGCUGUAGUUUUUUGUUUUUGUUUUUGUUUGUUUGUUUGUUUUGUUUUUUAAUCAUUUGCAGGAGUGAAUUUGGAACUACAAAUACAGAUUUUUCAAAAUUUCUAGUGUUUUGCUGAGAAAUGUUGUGACCUUGUUUUUGACUUUUUCUGUCUUGAUUACUGUUGUUUUGUGUUUUGUCACAAUAUCUGUUGCAUACAAUAAAUUUUCAGUUUUUAAAGAAUUUUUUUUUUUUUUUAUUGUAAAUUUGUGUUGUACAUUAAAAAUGGAAAGAA